AUGUUUUAUCCAUAUAAUUACAGUAACGUGAACGUUUCUGCGAUACCCGUACUACCAGGAAUUUCGGCGUUUGAUAGAAGUUCAGAUCAAGAAGAAAUCGUUGAGUUGAAUCCGGAAAGAAAAUACCAGACACUGCUGCCAGUUUUAACUAAUUCGCAUGUGGUGGAGAAUGAGCUUAAACAUAAACUAAAUAAGACUGCCUUUGAUUUUCGAUAUCACAAUAGAUCAGAAGAUAGUUCUGAAAAUGUGGAACCCAAAUACUUGACAACACCCAAUUUGCAGAUGAGAAGCGUUUCUUUCGAUAGUUCAUCACUACAAUACAAUUCAGAUUCUUCGGAAAAAAGCCCGCUAUCCCAACUGAAUGCCAAUUCGUCAAUAAUACGGCAAACCGAUAGUGGGACGGUUUCUAAUGACGAUUAUGAUAACAUGGGAAACAUACGGUAUUCUCUAAAAACGCGGAAGCAGAGAACCGAUCCCAAAAACACAUUAUCCGAUGAAGAGGACCUUGAGCAACGGCGCAAGUAUAUUUGCAAAAUUUGUGCAAGAGGGUUUACUACGUCAGGCCACCUUGCAAGGCAUAACAGAAUCCAUACAGGUGAAAAAAAUCAUUGUUGUCCGUAUAAGGGCUGUACUCAACGAUUUAGUAGACAUGAUAAUUGCUUACAGCAUUAUAGAACGCAUUUGAAAAAGGGAGAAUAA